AUGGCCGCAGUCGGGCAUGAUGUGGAGCAUGCAAUUGACGUGGACAUGGAGGUUGGUCUGACAAUGGGAAAGGGGAAGUCCGAGGGUGGUAUCGACAUAGAGAUGGCCGAAGUCAAACAUGAGGAAACUGAGGUCGGUGCCAUUCCAAAAGCCGACAAAGAUGUGGGCCGGGUGACUCCCACCAUAAUCAUUGAGCCACCCACACCACACACAUCAGCGAUUUUCAAGAGCACUGAGACCGAGGUCGGUACCAACACUGACAAAGGAAAGGGCCAGGAGAUUGGGCCGCCAGCCAGUGAGAUGGAGUGGAUCGUGCCUGAGUUAGCAAUGCGGCCAGAAUUGGGCUUGGCUGUCAAUUAUAUGCAACAAAGCUUUACACCCCCACCUGUUGAGCGCACGUCCCGGCCAGAAGGUUCGCGUUUGGUAUCCCGUUCUCGGCAGGUCAGCCCACCAGAUCCCAAGGAGGUUCAUCUUGACACAGCGCUCUAUCAGAAGAAGAUUGACUUUAGGUCCUUGAGCCCCCCACCGAACUUCGACAUGCAGACGAUGCAGCAGGAGAUCAGAAGACUUGCUCAUGGCCAAGCCGACCUCCUGCAGAAACUCCGAGACCAACAAGCGCAAGUCAGCGUCAUGGAGUCGUCUACCCCUACUAUGCGAGAGUAUUCGGCAUUUGUGGUCCGAAAACAAGAUAUUGACGCAAGUGCCCUUCUCCCCCUGGCAGUUGACUCACCCGUGACCCUGUCACAACGUCUUUUGGCGCUCGAAGAGAUUACCCAGUGUAUUCAAGAUCAAGAUUUGGCUAGCCGUCCUCUGUCGGAGAAAAUUGCAAGUCUAGAGACCUCCAUUUGGUUUGAGGAAGAAAAAAUCACCAGAGCAACUCGCCGGAUGGACCGUAUUGAAGAGUCUGCCUACAUGCGUUGGAAGGAAACACAAGAAGAUUUGCAGUCCAUCCGAAGUGAUCACCAGAGACUGGAAGCCGAGGUGAGGGAAGCCGUCAAGACACUGGAGAACAAGUGGGAGACUACGCCAGCUGCGUUACAAGAGAGUCUCACCCGGGGCUUUGAGAAACUUGCAAGCCGCAUCGAAACUGCCGAGCUAACGCUCCACGACCUCACCAAAUCAAAUAUGUGGUAUAACGCGGCCCAGUGGCUCAACCACCCUUGGAUUUUGGCGUACACGGAAAUGGCCCGAGCGGGACCAUCGGUUGAUUGGACCAAAAUGUUCUCGAUCCCACAACCCACCACCCCUACCUUCUUUAUGGAAGGUUAUGCCGGUCCCUCUCCCCCUUUACCUCCAUCUUCGACCGAUUCAUUGCUCCCAGUCACAGUCCCAACUCCCCCAUUGCCGGUACCGACAGCUUCAUCAUCGCUCCUGGCCCCAACAAAACCAACGCGUCGGGCAAAAUCAACCGAUCCUGUGCCAGCGGCUGAAACGAAGUCCAAGAGUAAGACAAAGUCUGGGCGAAGGAAACCCGAGGCCGGGUCCAGCGCCCAGCCACAAUCAGAGGUGACUCCUAACGACACCGCUGCCCCAGUCCAAAGCAAAAAAAGAAAAGGGGACUCGAUCGAAGCCAGGCCAAAGAAGACCAGAGUCGUGAGCGCGGAGUUCAUCAACAGCAGCAGUGAUGAGGAAACAUUGAAGCCGAAGUUGGAGUCACUUCGACCGGUUGGUGGGGAAGCAAAGGCGGUUAAACCCAAGUCCCAGCCCCAUUUCUCCCGCAUGACACCCAGUGCCGGCUUCAGUCUCAUCCGAAGGCCCAAGUUAGACCCCAACGCCAGUCCUCCCAAGACCGCCAUGGCCGCUUUAAGGCAAGCCAAAACUGCCGAACGUCUUGCAAAUCAGAAUGCCGCGAUUGCGAAAGGCAAUUAUCAGCUUGCGGAUAUCCCCUGUGAGGCCUGCAGCAAACGCCAAGAUCGAGACAUUGUUCCAUGCGCUAUCCGUUCCCCCCCACAACAAGGAUCCUGCUUCACCUGCAGUACGGGUAAGACGACCUGCACAUAUGCAGUAACCAAGAAAAAGGACACUGACAGUGAGGUCGAAGACGAGAUCCAAAAGGGGUUGCAGGAUCUUGAAACGGCCACAGUCUCCAGGGGAGAUGCCCAAGUGAAGAUCGUGAGGAAGAAAGCGAGGUCAAAGAAGCCGCAGGUGAAGAAGGUGAAGCCGGAUGUCACACUUCAGUCACCCACCUUGAACAAGCUAUUAGCCUUGUAA